GUCUGUAAGACCUUAACCUUUUUUGUUUUCUUCUUGUGAUCUAAUUCGAUUUUAUGGCUAUAAUUGGAUUGUUCCUCAACAAGGACGGUGUAACAUCUUUUUGGUUUGGAUGAGCUAGGUUGUGAUUUUUUUUCCCGAGCUUUUUGUUAGCUUUGCAGUGGCAGCCAUGUCAUAUCUCCCUGCAACCACGGAUUCCAUUGCAGAGGCCUUGGAAGCAAAAGAUCCAUCAGAGUCCAUCGCAAUUUUCUACCGUAUCCUUGCCAAUCCCUCUUCCUCAGCUGAAGCCUUGCGCAUCAAAGAGCAAGUCAUCACAAAUCUAUCGGAUCUUCUCCAACAAGAGAAAAGAGCAGAAGAGCUACGGAGUCUGCUAACACAGCUGAGGCCUUUCUUUGCUGUAAUCCCCAAAGCAAAGACUGCAAAGAUUGUAAGAGGCAUCAUUGAUUCAGUCGCCAAAAUCCCUGGAACAUCUGAAUUGCAGAUAUCUUUGUGUAGAGAAAUGGUGGAAUGGACCCGUGCAGAGAAACGAACAUUCCUUAGACAGCGGGUUGAGGCAAGGCUUGCAGCUUUACUGAUGGAGAACAAGGAAUAUGCUGAAGCACUGACUCUUCUCACUGGUCUUGUGAAAGAAGUGCGCAGGUUGGAUGACAAAUUAUUGCUUGUAGACAUUGACCUUCUAGAAAGCAAGCUCCAUUUCUCUCUGAAGAACCUCCCAAAGGCAAAAGCAGCACUAACUGCUGCUAGAACAGCUGCAAAUGCAAUCUAUGUGCCACCUGCACAGCAGGGCACUAUUGAUUUACAAAGUGGCAUCCUCCAUGCAGAAGAGAAAGAUUACAAGACAGCUUAUAGCUACUUCUUUGAAGCAUUUGAAGCAUUCAAUGCUCUCGAGGAUCCCCGUGCAGUCUUUAGUCUUAAAUAUAUGCUUUUAUGCAAGAUCAUGGUUAAUCAGGCUGAUGAUGUUGCAAGUAUAAUCUCAUCCAAGGCAGGUUUGCACUAUGUUGGUAUUGAGUUGGACGCGAUGAAAGCUGUUGCUGAUGCCCAUGCAAAGCGCUCUCUGAACCACUUUGAGACAGCCUUGAAUGACUACAAGGCACAAUUAGAGGAAGAUCCAAUUGUUCAUCGGCACCUGUCUUCAUUGUAUGACACUCUUCUCGAGCAGAAUCUCUGUCGGUUGAUUGAGCCAUUCUCAAGGGUUGAGAUCGGUCACAUUGCAGAACUGAUUGGACUGCCCGUUGAUCAUGUGGAGAAAAAACUCUCACAGAUGAUCCUUGACAAGAAGUUUGCUGGAACACUCGAUCAAGGUGCUGGAUGCCUCGUCAUUUUUGAAAUCCCUAAAGCAGACGCAAUCUAUCCUGCAACGCUUGAAACCAUCUCGAACAUUAGCAAGGUCGUGGACAGUCUCUACCUAAGAUCUGCUAGGAUAAUGGCUUGAGUUAUACUGUUUUCUUCUAUUCAACCUCUUGGCUUCAAAAUGUCGAAUUUAUUCAAGAUAUCUUGAACAUCCAGUUUUGCUGA